AUGUACCAAUACUUCAUAAGGUUGCAUACCGUGUAUCAUACUUGUACCAAGUACCAAAGUACUGCAGGUGCCAUUGGGGGCAUUGCUGCUUCACUGAUUCGUGUUCCAACAGAGGUUAUCAAGCAACGAAUGCAAACUGGGCAGUUCACUUCUGCUUCUGGGGCUGUUCGCUUUAUUGCUUCUAAGGAAGGCUUUAAAGGAUUUUAUGCUGGGUAUGGAUCUUUUUUGUUGCGGGAUUUGCCCUUUGAUGCUAUUCAGUUUUGCAUCUACGAGCAGAUUCGAAUAGGUUAUAUGCUUGCGGUAAAUUCCUCAAGUUGUUUCACUAUUAAAAUUUUGACCCUCCUCUUAUAUCCUUGCAAUAACACAGCUCCUAUUCCAAUUCCAGAUGCAUCGCAUUCUAGCUCAAAAAGUUGA